CAAAGCCGAACACAUAACUCCCUCCCUCUUAGUCGUGGUGCAAGCAGCCAUGUUGCUGUUAUUGGCUUGUUCCGGUAUCAGGGCAGGAUAGACCGCAUUCGGGGCGCAGCUCCUCGCCUUUCUACCCCCCCUCCUCCUGCCGCCCGUAACACACACACACCUCCUAAAGAAGAAAGCCCCACUUUGCCCUAUAAUGGAUUCAACAACUUGAUGAUUCCUCCUCCUUCAGUCGGCGCACCGACAGGACGAGCUGCUGCUGCUAUAUCGCCACACUGCAGUGCAGCACUCGGUGAGCGACCUUAUUCCAAUCACGCAACGCGAGAAAGAAAUCGCCGGGAUCUUCUGAGUGGAAUAUUUUGACUUUGUCCUGUCAGAGUCGGGAAUAACUUUUGGCCUGAAAGUUUUUGGACCUCGGACGUCGGACCUGAUCUCGAAGCUUAAAGGAAACAUCUGUUGGCACAAGAGGAUCGCUGAAACGCCGUCGAGGAGAAUUGUGGAGUUAGCUUUGGAGGAAAACAAAAUUUUUCAUGAAGAAUUAAGUUGCCUUGUCCCCAUUUAGCUCAACCGUUGCUCAACGUUUUCCUCCCAAGCUAGCACAACACGCUAGCUGUCCCAGAAACCGUACCCAUUCUGCGAACUCCUCUGCUUCCCAUUUAUAAAUGCUUAUUUGGACCUGAAUGCUUUUAAAGCCAAACAGCAAAGCUGAGGGGGGGAAACACAAGCUUUUUCGCACGGUUGUUGUCCGUUGACAAACAUGGGACGCGCAGCAGCUACAAGCUAGACGCUAGCUCGCAGGCUAACUCUCCUAACUAGCCGCUGAUGUGGGAUUCAACUUGUUGAUUCAACGGGGGACAUCUGUUGGAAGUUUCCCUCCACCAUUGGCUACAAGGGGUUUUAAAUGAUCAACAGACGCUGAUCGAUCGGCCUUUCUUAACGGUUUUCUCCCGAAAUGUCAACAAGGCCCUCACAGGGGCAAGUCAUUGAGAUUUCAACAGGACAGGAGCAGAAGUCUUCAACUGGUCGAUACAGCAUGUCGCGAUGUCCGAACUCGGGGUCCACGGCCACGUCAGAGGAACAGCCGCACGUCGGCAACUACCGGUUACUGAAAACCAUCGGCAAAGGCAACUUCGCCAAGGUCAAACUGGCACGACACGUCCUCACGUCAAAAGAGGUGGCUGUAAAGAUAAUAGAUAAGACACAGCUCAACUCCUCCAGUUUGCAAAAGCUGUUUCGGGAGGUGAGGAUCAUGAAGAUGCUGAACCAUCCCAACAUAGUCAAGCUCUUUGAGGUGAUAGAGACGGAGAAGACUUUGUACCUGGUAAUGGAGUACGCCAGCGGAGGAGAGGUCUUUGAUUAUCUGGUGGCCCAUGGCAGGAUGAAGGAAAAAGAAGCACGUGCCAAAUUCAGACAGAUUGUGUCAGCAGUGCAGUAUUGUCAUCAGAAAUGUAUAGUACACAGAGACCUCAAGGCAGAAAACCUGCUGCUGGACGCAGAUAUGAACAUCAAGAUAGCAGAUUUUGGCUUCAGUAAUGAGUUUACGUUGGGGAACAAGCUGGACACGUUCUGCGGCUCCCCGCCCUACGCCGCUCCGGAGCUCUUCCAGGGCAAGAAGUACGACGGGCCCGAAGUGGACGUCUGGAGCCUGGGGGUCAUCCUCUACACGCUAGUCAGCGGCUCACUGCCCUUUGACGGACAAAACCUCAAGGAGCUGAGAGAGCGUGUGCUACGUGGUAAAUACAGGAUUCCUUUCUACAUGUCCACCGACUGUGAGAACUUGCUGAAGAAGUUCCUGAUCCUAAACCCUUCUAAAAGAGGAAGCCUCGAGCAGCAGAUAAUGAGGGACCGAUGGAUGAAUGUGGGCUAUGAAGAGGACGAACUCAAACCCUACAUCGAACCUCUACCAGAUUACAAAGACCCCAGGAGAACAGAGAAAAUGUUGCGGAUGGGCUAUUCCCAAGAAGAGAUCCAGGAUUCUCUGCUGAACCAGAAGUACAAUGAAGUGAUGGCUACGUUCCUGCUUCUGGACUAUAGGAACUCUGAGCUGGAUGAAUUACCCCUCAAAGCAAGGCUAGGAAAUGAUCUAAGCAACACAAAUGCCCCCUCUCCACCUCACAAGGUACAGCGCAGCGUGUCGUCCAACCCGAAGCCUCAGAACCGCAGAACCACUGACCAGAGCUCCUCCUACUCGAAGAGGGGAGGUCAGUCUGACAACCGCUCUACAGCAGAGGAUUCUGGGAGGAAAAGCUCGUCAGGCAGCUCCACCACCAAGGUGGGGGCCAGCCCUCUGGUCUCAUCGGAUCGUAAAAAGAGCGCCACGCCUUCCACUAAUAGCAUCCUCUCCACUGGUACCAGCCGCAGCCGGAACUCUCCGCUGGCUGAGAGAGCCACGCUUGGCACUGGCAUCCAGAACGGCAAGGACAGCCUAAACACUCCGGGCUCCCGAGCCUCCACUGCCUCAGCUGCCGCCGUCCUCUCCUCCACGUCCUCGCGUCCCCGCCACCAAAAGUCCCUGUCCUCCUCCAAUCAUCCAUGCCCCUCUGACCUGCACGCACCUCGGCCCAGUGCCGCGCCGCAGCGGCCGCCCGGUGCCUCCCCGUCUGCCCACAACAUCAGCAGCUCGACCGUGUCGGACCGCACCAACUUCCCCAGAGGCGGGGUCAUCCGCAGCACGUUCCACGCGGGCCAGCAGCGCGGCGCCCGCGACCAGCAGGGCUCCGCCUACCCCGGCGGGCCGGCGUCCCCGUCCCUGUCGCACGGCAACAGCCAGGCCCGGCGGGGCCACGGGGCCACAGGGAUCUUCAGCAAGUUCACAUCCAAGUUUGUACGAAAAAAUCUCUCAUUCAGGUUUCCAAGAAGUUCGUAUGAGGGAGAGGGUCGGGAUGAGGGCAGCAGAUCCGUGCUGAGCAGUACUGUAGACAAGUCGGAGAAAACCUCCGGCGGCGUUCUCUCCUCUUCCAACAACGACGAGAACAACUCCUCGCCCGGCUCUGGAAACACCGGUGGCACCGGCACGCCUCCGGCCAACGCCAGCCAGAAGGACGCUGCCAAGCCGCGCUCGCUGCGCUUCACCUGGUCCAUGAAGACCACGUCGUCCAUGGAGCCCACGGAGAUGAUGCGCGAGAUCCGCAAGGUGCUCGACUCCAACAGCUGCGAGUACGAGCUGCGCGAGCGCUACAUGCUGAUGUGCGUGUCGGGCAACCCGGCGCACGACGACUUCGUCCAGUGGGAGAUGGAGGUGUGCAAGCUGCCGCGGCUCUCCCUCAACGGCGUGCGCUUCAAGCGGAUCUCGGGAACGUCCAUGGCCUUCAAGAACAUUGCUUCAAAGAUCGCCAACGAGCUGAAACUGUGAGCGGCGGCGGGCUGAUGCCAGCGGCGGGGGGCGGGAUCACUUUAAAAACAUGAUUGUUGUCUAGACUACAGUCUGAAGCAACGUAGGGCUGCCGGUUCUGAGACCUGCAGACGGAGAAGAUGGCCGCCAUCUUCUGCUGAGACGUUCCACUCUUCUGCAUGUCUGAUUCUUCUCUGUUUUUUCAUUAGGAGGCACUUUGAUCACUCGGACCACUCCAGUUUUUCCUCCUUGUAUUUAUUCGGUUCCUGCACGGUUCUGCUGUCGGGCGGUUCUGGUGGGGAAAGCGAUCUUUUGAGCCUUAUUUUGCUGGUGAGUUCGGUUCGGGUUCUGCUCCGACUCGUCCCGACAAGCGAACGGACCCUGUCCCCGUCCUGCCGCCUUUGUUUUCUCCCCGCUUUCGGCACAAACACAUCCGAACUCUCUCACCUCUCUCACUCCGUUUUGGUUUCUCUGCAGCCGCCAUCUUUACGUUUGUUUUCUUCUUUUUUUAAAAGGCUUAUAAUAAACGACAGAGUGUUACGGCCACGCCAAGAAAACAGAGUAAAUUACAAGAAUAAAGUCGUAGUAUUACGAAAAUAGAGAACUUGUACAACAAGUCGUAAUAUUACAAGAUUAAGUCGUAGUAUUACGAAAAAUUGUUGAGAAUUCGUACAAAAAGUCAGAAGAAUUCAUACCAAAAGUUGUGUUACGAGAAUAAUCAUUAUGAGAAUUCGUACAAAAAGUUGAUAGCUCGUUCAAAAAGUCGUAGUAUUACAAGAUUAAGCCGUAGUAUUACGAAAAUAAUCAUUAUGAGAAUUCGUGCAAAAAGUCGUAUUUUGAGAAUAAAGUUGUAUCACAAAAUAGUCGUAUUACGACUAUUUCUGUAAUAUUAUGACUUUACUGUCACAAUAUCACAACUUUAUUUUCAUGAUUACUUUAUUUUCGUAACAUUAAUUUAUUCUCGUAAUACUUUAUUUUCAUAUUACAACCUUUUCUUGUGAUAUUUCAGCUUUAUUCUCAAUAAAUAACGACUUUAUUUUCACAAUAUUACAACUUUAUUUUCGUAAUAUUUCGACUUUAUUUUUGUAACAUUUUAACUUUAUUUUGGUAAUAUUCUGACUUUAUUGUCGUAGUUUUAUUUUUUUUCUCAGCAUGGCUCUAAUACUCCGUCGUUGUAAGAGUUGUGCACUGGAACAAGAUGGGGAGGAUUUUACGUUGCCUUUCGUAGAAGAAUUUAAAUCGGGGGGGUGGUGGAGGGGGGGGGCUUUUUCGUUUCCUCGUCCUCGAACGAUUUAUUUGUGCCCCUGGAAACCCCGCUCACCUCCGAUUGGUUGUUUUCACGCCUUCAUCUCCAGAAUGUCAGCCAUCUUCCUCUUCCUCCCGCUUGUUGAGCGUCCCAAAGAGCAAACUCACAGGAAGUCUGGGUUUUUUUGUUUUUAUGUUUGGAGGAUGAGUGUUAUUGAAGAUCACUGGAAACAACGAGGAAAAAAAAAGGUAAUUGACGACGAAUGGUGAAUUAUUUUCUUCUACUUUUUUUUUUUUUUGAUUUGAUAAUAUAUUUUUGUGUCGUUGAAAUUAUUGGGGAUUUGUACAGAUUUGUGCGGGCGGGCGGGCAGGGUGGGAUUUUCGGAUCAUAUCAUUGCUGCCUUUUUGUUUUUGUUUUCUGGUGUACUGCACCUUUAACACAGAUUAACACCGACCCUCCCUGGAUUAUUGACCUAUUUAAUGAUGGUGGUGGUGGUGAUGAUGACUACUGCUGGUUUAUUUUUUAUUUUUAUUAUUUUUACUCUGUUUAAAGGCGGCCUUUUGUUGGUCCAGAAUGGCUUGAAGCAGAUGGAGAAAGUUUAGUUUCUCGGAAAAAGAAUAAAAAACUAAAAAGAAGAAGAAGAACACCCAAGCGGACUCUGGUUUGCGUUUGACGCUUUAGCUUCAGAAAUAAACUGGGAUCGGCGAGGAAGCCUCAGUUAGUCGAACCUAACUCAACACUUUUCCUUUCAGCUUUUAAUACGUCAGUCUCUCUAAAAUCAUUGUAUUAAGGUGCUGGGUGUUGGAUUCUAAUUAUUAUUAUUAUUAUUAUUAUUCAGCCAGUUGCUGUUAUAUUAUCUCUUUCAGGGUUGAUUUUUAUUUUGCAUUAUUUUCGUUUUACAUUGCUGUAAUUUACAUUGAUUUUAAAUGUGUUUUGAGGAAAGUGUAACUGUAGUGGUGGGAUUACUUUUUGUUCUGUUUUUUUUUUUUUUUUUUCCUCUGGGGAGGGACGAUCAGCUCCUUAAGAAAAUGUAUUUGUUUUUGUUUUUUUUUUUGUGCAAAGACGACAUAAUGAAAAAUUACAAUGAUAGUAAUAAAACAAUGAUAUAAUGAUG